AUGAAGACAGACAGUGUAGAUACACCAGAGACCCCACAGGGGGAUGCAGCAAAGAAAGCGCUGCUUCUUGCUUCUGGUAUUGAGGCCUGGGGCUUCAUUGACAGCAGCAGCAGCAGCAACGGCAGCAACAGCAGCGGAGGCAGGAGCAGAAGUCGCAGCAGCAACAGAAGCAACGGCAGCAGCAGAAGCAGCAGCACAGCGUCGCUGCUGAGAGCAGCAGGAGGCGCUCCAGGAGUAUCUUCUACUGCAGCAAAUGCAGCAAUAAUGCAGUGUAUUGACAGCAGCAGCAGCAGCAAUAUGCAAGCAGCAGAAGAGAUGGGGGGUCUAGGGCCCCCUUAUAAAGUGUCUCCUUGCGCCUCUCUUUCUCUGUCUCUUCAUGAAGCAGCAAAUAAAGAAGCAGCAGCAGCGAACAGCAGAGAAGUAUUAAAGGAGACAGCUGCUGCAGCAAACAUAGACGAAGAAAACCCUAAAAAGAGACAGAAAGAGAUUAUUCAAAGAAAGAGCAGCAAACACAAACUCAACAGCAAUCAAAGAGACACGAUACAAACAGGAGACACAUACUUGCCCUGCUGCAGCAGCAGAAGCAGCAGCAGAAGCAGCAGCAACUCACAGCACUCAGACACGCUUCAUGGCCGUAGAGAGCUAAACAGAUUUCUACAGAACCAGCAGCAGAAGCAGCAACAGCAGCAGCAGUUGCUGCUGCAACUUAAACCUCAAGAGAAAGAAAGCCCCCAGCUGCUGCUGCAGCCGCAGCAGCACCUGCAGCAAGGGGAGCUUAUAGAGAAACAGGAGCAGCAAGAGCAGCAGAAACACCUGCAGCAGCAGCCGCUGCACCUGUUUAUAGAGGAUGCUAAGCUGCAGGAGCAGGAGCAGGAGCAGCAGCAGCACCAGGAUAAGCAAUCGCUAGGCACUGAAAAGCACCUGCAGCAGCAAGACCUGCCCGAGCAGCCCCCUAAACAGGAAGAGCAAGAGCAGCAGGAGCAGCAGCUGCAGCAGGUGCAGCAGCUCCAGCAGAGGCACCAAAACCAGACAAAACUUUUGCAGAGCUUCGAGUUGUGGGGAGCGCAGCAGCAGAAGCAGCAGCAGCAGCAGAAGCAACAGCAGCAACAUGAUUCAGACGAAGAGCAGCAGCAAGCGCAGAAAAAACGCCAGCGCUCUAUGGACCUGCAGCUCGUGCAGCAGCAGCAACAACAGCAGCAGCAAGACAACUGGGAACAGGUUCAGCCGGAGCAGCAGAUGAAGCAAAAGGAGCAGCGGCAGGAACCGCAGCAGCAGCAGCAGCAGCAGCCACAACAUCUUCAGUGCAAACAGCAGCAGCAACAGAAGCAAGAGCAAGAGCAACAACGGCAGCUGCAGGAGUUGCAGCAGCUCCAGCAGCAGAAGCAGCAAACCCAGCAGCAAAAGCAUCAGGAACAGCGGCUAAAACAGCAACAGGUGCAUCAGCAGCAGCUGCAGCAGCAACUUCACCAGCUCCCAGAGCAGUACCUACAGACUCAGGAGCCAAUGAAGCACCAGGAAGAGAAGCAACAGCAGCAGCAGCUGCUGCUGCACCAGCUGCAGCAGGUGCAGCACAAGCAGCAGCUGCAGCAGCAAGAGCAAAUUGAGCAAACACGAAUGCGUGAAGAACAGCAGCAGCAGCAGCAACAACAACAAAAGCAGCAGCAGCAACAGCAACAACACGAGCAGCAGGAUCAGGAGCGACUGAAGCCUAAGGCCCGACGCCACCGGCAGCAGCAGCAACAGACUCAGGGCGAAGUGCAGCACGCGCAUCUUGAGCAGCAGCAACAGCAACAGCAGCAGCCGGAGUUCCUGCUGCAGCAGCCGCAGCAGCAGCUGGAGCAACCUUCACAGCAACAGGAUCUGGAACAGCAGCAGCAGCAGCAAAAGCUGCAGCAUCUCUCUGAGCAGCAGCAGCAACAGCAGUAUCUGUCCGAGCAGCAGCUGCAGCAGCGCCAGCAUCUGUCCGAGCAGCAGCAGCAGCAGGAGCAGCAGCCGCCGGAACAGCAGCACCUGUCCAAGCAGCAGGAGCACCAGCAGCAGGAGCAGAAACAUCUGUCCGAGCAACAGCAGCAGCAGCUGCAGCUGGAGGAGCAGCAACUGUCGGAGCAGCAGCAGCAGCAGCUGCAACUGGAGGAGCAGCAACUGUCGGAGCAGCUGCAGCAGCACCUGCAACUGGAGGAGCAGCAUCUGUCCAAGGAGCAGCAGCAGCUGCAACUGAAGGAGCAGCAGUUGUCGGAACGGCAGCAGCAGCAGCUGCAACUGGAGGAGCAGCAACUGUCGGAGCAGCAGCAGCUGCAACUGGAGGAGCAGCGUCUGUCCGAGCAGCAGCAGCUGCAACUGCAACUGAAGGAGCAGCAGCUGCAACUGCAACUGAAUGAGCAACAGCUGUCGGCAUGGCAGCAGCAGCAGCUGCAACUGGAGGAGCAGCAGCUGCUUGAGCAGCAGCAGCAGCACUACGUGGCGGGCCCUGUCGGUGGGCGAUGGUGUGGGGUCUCUCCGGGAGAGAUGAGUGGAUCGCCUGUUCUAUCAGGAGACAGUUUGUCUCCUCUUGUCAAUAAUUUACAACAAGGAGCAGCAGCGGGGGCCCUCAGCCCGCUGCAGCUGUUGCCUGCAAAGCCUCCCAUGCUGCAAGUCCGCAGCAGCAGCAGCAGCAGCAAACCAGCUAGGCAGCAGCAGCAAAACGAGACGAUGCUCCAUCUACUGCCACACAGUGCGGGAGAGUGCCGUCCUGCAGCAGACGGAAUGCUGCAUUGGGGCACUGAGAUCGUCUCCAGGGAUCGCCUUGGGAUCGUCUCCGGGGGUCGUCUUGGGAUCGUCUCCGGGGACCAUCCUGGGAUCCUCUCCGCGGAUCGUCUUGGGAUCGUCUCCGGGGAUCGCCUUGGGAUCGUUUCCGGGGAUCGUCGUGGGAUCGUCUCCAGGGAUCGUCCUGGGAUCGUCUCCGAGGAGAUGCUUCGUGAGGAGGGGGAGUUUCUGAGCCCGGGGGAGGCGGCGCAGCGAGCAGCUGAGUUUGCUUUGGCUGCUGAGAUGGCAGCAAGACACGCAACAGAGCCGGAAGAGGGUGAAGCAGAAGCGUCUCUUCUUGCUGCUGGUGGGGGUUUGCUGCUGUCACCGUCAGGGCCCAGCGUCGCCUCAGAGGCCUCUCGUUCGCUGCAGCUCUUCCUCGACACCCACAGCAAACGGUUCAGCAGCAGCAGCAGCAACAGCAGCAGCAGCGCCAGCAGCGUCCCAUCAGCAGCAACAGACUCGGAACAUGCAUCCGCAGCAGCAGCUACAACAGCAACACCACCCUCCGCAGCAGCAGCUGCAGCAGCAGGUGCAGCAGGGAGUUAUCCUCGCGCGGCGUUGGCGCUGCCACGCGGCAGCAGCAGCUGCUCCUCAGAGAAGGCCCCAAUAGAAAGAGCAGCAGCAAGAGCUGCUGCUCGUUUCUUCUCUACUUGUGCAAUUCAAGCAGCAGGAUUAGCUGUGGCGGGCUGCAUGCAGUCACUGCCCGGAUAUGCUGCGCUGCUGCAGCAAACAGAUCUGGGGAAGCAGAUGCAGCAGUGGAUGCCUCAGCAAGUAGCAGAAACUGCCGUCUCCUUGGAUGCUCCUCGAAGAAGCAGCAGCAGCAAGCAGCAGCAAACACACUGCAGCAAGCAGCAAACAGACGGCUCGCUGCUGCAGCAGCUCCACCCCAGACAGCAAUCCCCUCGCCACAGAUCAGCAGCAGCUAAAGCGGACCCUUCCGAGCAGCAGACUGCAGCGGCAACAGAUGCAGCACCGACAGCAGUAGAUGCAGCAACAGAUGCAGCAAAAGCACCAGCUGCAGCAGCUGCAACGGGUGCUGCCGCCACAGACACAGGACAGCAGCAGCAACAGCAGCAGCAGCAGGAAGCGCACCUGCUGCAGGCAUUAGCUGCGCAGGCUCUCGAGCUGCAGCAGCAGCAGCAAAAGGCCGAGGCACUGCAGCGGGAAGUGCAGCACCAGAAGCAGAAGGCGCAGAAAGAGCUGCAGCAAGCACUGCAGCAGCAGCAAGAGGCGCAGCAGCUCUUAGCUAUCGUAGCCAAGAAGGAAGAGAGCCUUAACCAGCAGCGAGAGCAGCUACAGAUGCAGCAGGAGGUGCAGCAACGACUGCAGCAGGAGCUGCAGCUGCGGGAGACGAACCAGCGGCAGCGCGAAGUAGUGCAGCAGCAGCUGCAGCAGCAGCAGCAGAUGCGCAACCACCAAGACAGGCAGCAGCUACACCACGAAGAAUUAAUGAUUCAAAUGAGGCAGCAGCUACUAGAGCAGCAGCUGCUGAGACACCAGCAGGUUGUAGCAGACAUUGAAAGCCGAGCGGCGGAGCAGCAGAAGCAGCGGGAGCUACUACAGCAGCAGCAGCAACGGGUGCAACAGCAAAUGGAAGAGCUGAAGGCCCGCGAUCAGCAGCAGCAGCAGAAAAAACAGCAGCUUAACCAACUCCACAGCCAGCUGCAGCAACUUGAAGAGCAAGCCACCAUGCGAGAGAGACGCAUGCAAGAGCAGCAGGAGCAGCAGCACGCCAAGCAGCAGCAGCUGCUGCAGCAGGAGCAGCAGCAGCAGCAGACCGCAGAACAACUGCUGCAGCAGAAGCUCAAGCUGGAAGAAAUGAAGAAAGAGAUUGACGAGAAGAAGGCCGAGGGUAGGUGCUUUUUUCUCAACAGCAGCACAGCGGCAGUAGCAGCAACAGCAGCAGCAGCAACAGCAGCAGCAGCAGCAGCAUUCCCCUGUAGACAACUCUUAGAUGGGCCUGAAGGCCCCACAUUAUGCAGCAUAAAUCGUAUGAGACUGACAGCAAGGGGUUUGGUGUGGAGUGUUUUGUGUGCAGCAGCAGCAGCAACUGCAGCAGCAGCAGCAGCAGAAGCGAGAUGUACUGCAUCUGCAGCAGCAGCAAGUGGAGCUGCAUGUGAUGGGUCUGUACCCGCCUUCUCCUUCUUUGCUUCACAUACACUCAAAGGAGAAGAUACACUGCAAGAGCUGCAGCAGCUAGAACAUCAGUUAGUCUCUCUUUGUCUUAACUACCUUACGCAGCAAAGGAGACAGCUGGCGCUGCUGCGGAAGCCGCUAGAGGCCGAGGGACAGCUCCUCAGACUAGCAGCGCCUGAACCCCCUUCGGCUGCAGCAGCAGCAGCAACAGCAGCAGCAGCAGGACAUGCGGCUGCUGACAGCAACCAGCGCUCCCUUGUGGCUUUGAAGCUGAAGGCCUGGAACGCAACUGCAAGGUGCGUCCGCCUGGCCCUCUCCGCCUUAACAAACCGUGCCAAGUACCUCAUCGCUAAUGGGGGCCCCAGGGGGCCCCUAGGGGGCCCCCCUGUGGGGUCGCUAGGGGGCCCCCCUGUGCGGUCGUUAGGGGGCCCCCCUGUGGGGCCCCUCGGUGCCCUCCUGCCAGAUGCACUGGGAGGGGCCCCUGUAGGGAGCUCUGGGGGCUCCUCGUUUGCUGCUGCUGCUGCAGCAAAGCUGCAGCAGCAACCCAGUCAACCAAGUCACUGUAGCAUCACGCCCCCACUGACUGCAGCCGAGUUCUCAACUUCGGCUGUACACCCCAGCAGCAGCGAAAACUGCGCUGCUGCUGAAGCUGGAGCCGCCGCUGUAGCAGCAACAGCAGCAGCAGCAACAGCAGAAGCACCAGCCAACGUAGCAGGAGUGGUUCCCCACCUACCGUGGGACGCUGCUCGUGCCUCUGCUGCAGCCGAGCCACUGAAGCAGCAACUGCAACAGCAGCAGCAGCAGCAGAACGGGUGGAAGCUGCCGGCAGCAGCAGCAGCACCUCAUCCAGAGGCCCCUUCAUCGGUUGAGGGGCCCCCUGAGAGGCUCUGCUCAGGCUCUUCUGAGGUGCUGCUGCGGCUGCAGUCAGGUUUGCAAGUAGGGGAUUUGUCUGUGCUUGGGUUUACGGGGGGCCCCCCCUCCCCUUGGCCUGAGGCAACAGCCACCAAUGGGGCCCCUGGGGACCCCCCCUCGCUCUCCUUAGCGCCUGUCAGCAGCAGCAAACCCCCUUAUACGGGCCUUCGGAACACAGCAGCAACAGCAGCAGCAGCAACAGCAGCAGCAGCAACAGCAGCAGCAGCCGCUUCGGCUUCUACAGACUCCAAGAGAACGACGGCAAGGAGUCGGGGCAUGUUGGGGGCGCAGCAAACUGAAAAUGCAGCAGCAGCAGCAGUAUCAGCAGCAGCAGCAGCUGUUGCACCUGCAGCAGCAGCUGUUGCACCUGCAGCAGCAGCAGCACCACCAGCACGCGGAUGGGGGACUCCCCGCCUGCAGCUGCAGCGCCGGCAGCAACUCGCUCCGCUGCGGCCCCCUAGGGGCCUUCUCUACAAUAGCUGA